AUGGUUAGAGAAACUAAAUUAUACGACUUAUUGGGAGUCUCCCCUUCGGCUUCUGAUACUGAAAUCAAGAAGGCUUACCGUAAGCAAGCCUUGAAGUAUCAUCCAGACAAGCCCACUGGAGACACAGAAAAAUUCAAAGAGAUAAGUGAAGCUUUCGAUAUAUUAUCCAAUGGUGAUAAAAGACAAGUUUAUGAUGAUUAUGGAUUAGAAGCUGCCCGUGGUAAUGCUCCUGCUGGUGGCAGUGGAUUUGGUGGAAUGGGAGGACAAGGAGGGAACCCAUUCGGUGGAGGUUUCCAUAGUGGAGGAUUCAGUCAAAAUGAUGCAUUCAAUAUCUUUUCACAAAUGGGAGGAUUCGGUAUGGACGAUGGUGGUUUUGGUGGUGGCUCACCAUUUGGUGGAAUGGGUGGUAUGCCUGGUGGAAUGGGUGGAAUGCCUGGUGGUUUUGGUGGUGGUAUGGGAGGUGGAAGAAAAAGACCUGAACCUGAUACCGUUACUAUGCCAUUAGCAGUUUCCCUUGAAGACCUCUUCACUGGUGCUACCAAAAAAUUGAAAAUCAACCGUAAAAAUCAAAAUGGUAUAAGAGAAUCCAAGGUUUUGGAAGUAGGUGUCAGACCAGGAUGGAAAGCUGGUACUAAGAUCACUUUCAAGAAUGAAGGUGACUGGCAAUCCGAAUGUCAAGCCCGUCAAACCAUCCAAUUCGUAUUGGAAGAGAAACCUCAUCCUGUAUUCACCAGAGAUGGUAAUGACCUUAAAGUCACCAUCCCAUUAUCAUUCAAAGAAUCAUUAUGUGGAUUUGAUAAAGAAAUCCAAACCAUUGACGGUAGAAGAAUACCUUUGAGUAGAUCCUCUCCAAUCCAACCAACUUCCGUCAAUACUUACCCAGGAUUGGGUAUGCCUAUAAGUAAGACCCCAAGUCAAAGAGGUGAUUUCCACAUAGCUUAUAAAGUGGACUUCCCUCAUAGUUUGACUAUGGAACAAAAACAAAUGAUAAACCAAUAUUUUUAG